AUGGCGGACGACAAGCACGUCGGAGCUGUGCCCUCGGGCGACUACUCGGCAUCAAACAUAGAAAAGGCCCGCCGCGGGUCCCAAGCAACAGUCGAUCUAAACGCCAACGUCGACGCAAAAAUCAAAAAUCCCCUACUCGGCAUCUCCCGCGCCGAGCUCCUCCGCGACGUCGAUGCCUUUGCCCACGAAAAGGGCCUGCAGGAGUACAUCCCCGUCCUGCGCAAGGGCGCCCUCGUCGCCCAGGACCCGACGGGCUACGAGGAGAUUGAUGGCGCCGAGGCCCUCGACCCGACCGAAAUCCAGGUCCUCCGCGACGAGGUCCUGCACAAGUGGCGCAUCCCCAGGAUCUUGUAUCUCACCAUCAUCACCUGCUCCAUCGGCGCCGCCGUCCAGGGCUGGGACCAGACUGGCAGCAACGGCGCCAACCUGUCGUUCCCCACCGUGUUUGGCAUCGGGAGCAAUUCGCACCACGAUACCCUACUCGUCGGACUCGUCAACUCGGCCCCGUACAUCGGCAGCGCCUUCAUCGGAUGCUGGCUCUCGGACCCCCUGAACAACUUCCUCGGCCGCCGCGGCGCCAUCUUCUUCGCCGCAAACUUCUGUCUCUGGCCCGUCCUCGGAAGCGCGUUUGCCCAGUCCUGGCCGCAGCUGCUCGCCUGCCGUCUGCUACUCGGUAUCGGUAUGGGCGCGAAGGCCAGCACGGUGCCUAUCUUCGCCGCCGAGAACUCGCCCGCGCCGAUCCGCGGUGCUCUUUCCUACAUUCUAACAACCUGUUCAGAGAUGUGGACAGCCUUCGGAAUCAUGGCCGGAACGGCAGCUAACCUGGCCGUUGCCAAGACCGGUGAUAUUGCAUGGCGCCUCCAGCUCGGAUCAGCCUUCAUUCCGGCCAUACCCCUGGUCCUGUUGAUAUACAUUUGCCCGGAAUCCCCUCGUUGGUACAUCAAGAAGAACCGAUACCCGAACGCCAUGCAGUCCCUGUUGCGGCUGCGGAACCACCCGAUCCAGGCGGCUCGCGACAUCUACUACAUCCAUGCCCAGCUGCAAGUCGAGGCCGAGAUCAUCGGACGGUCCAACUACGCCAAGCGCUUCCUGGAGCUCUUCACCAUCCCUCGUGUCAGACGCGCCACCCUGGCUUCUUUCACCGUCAUGAUUGCUCAGCAGAUGUGCGGCAUCAACAUCAUCGCCUUCUACUCAAGCACCAUCUUCAAGGAGGCCGGGACAUCCGAGUUCAACGCCCUCCUGGCAUCCUUUGGUUUCGGCAUGGUCAACUUCAUCUUCGCCUGGCCGGCCAUCUGGACCAUUGACACCUUCGGACGGCGCUCCCUGCUGCUCUUCACUUUCCCCCAGAUGGCGUGGACGUUGCUGGCCGCCGGUCUCUGCACCCUCAUCCCAGGUACCGGAGGUGCUCAUCUGGGCAUGGUGGCGCUCUUCGUCUACCUGUUUGCCGCCUUCUAUUCCCCUGGCGAGGGACCUGUCCCAUUCACCUACUCGGCCGAAGUCUUCCCGCUGUCCCACCGUGAAGUCGGCAUGUCUUGGGCCGUGGCAACGUGCCUGUUCUGGGCGGCCGUGCUGUCCAUCACCUUCCCCAUCAUGUUGGCCGAUCUGGGUGUCAUCGGUUCCUUCUGCUUCUACGCCGGCCUCAAUGUCGUGGCCCUCGUCAUGAUCUUCUUCUGGCUGCCCGAGACCAAGCAGCGCACGUUGGAGGAGCUCGAUUAUGUCUUUGCGGUUCCAACUAAGGUCUUCAUGAAGUACCAGCUCACCAAGGCGCUGCCGUACUGGUUCAAGCGCUGGGUGCUCUUCCGGCGAGAUGUCACCCUCGAGCCGCUGUACAAGUUCGAUCUCACUCACGAGGACCACCAUGAUAGCGAGACAUACGAGAAGACGCAGGUCGAGCAACGGGACAAGAAGAGCGGCUCCGCAACCGGAGUCGACGUCACCUCCUCGUAA